AUGGGCAACAAGAACAAUCGCGGUCAACAAAAGUUGGCUCCCAUGUCUGUGAAGAUUGCCGAGCAGCAAUUAGCUCAAAAGGGGCAACUUUCUGACAAGAUGGAGGCUGCGGGCCAGAAGUGGUUUGCCCAGAAGGAAGCCGAACGCAAGCGAUGGACCGAGAAGCGAGCUGAAUGGAAGAAUAGACAGCUUGAGAAGAAGCAAGCUGAGGAGAACAAGUUGGCUGACAAGAAAGCCAUCGAAGACGAUGCUAGGAAGAUCGCCGCCACAAUGCACUUUGACUGCAUUCAGAAGCAUUACGCUCUUGUUCUCAAGGAAAAUGGCGAGAAAAAGCAGCUUGUCAUCACCCUAAACUUCAUUGCCGACCCACCUACUGACAUGCUGGCCUUAAUGAAAGUCCUUCCUGAAUAUUCGCCGGCAAUCACUCAUGUUCAAAUCAAGCUCCUUGCCCCUGUUCAACAUGGCUCACGUCAGAAUUAUCAUCAACGCGUCCAAAACAUGAACAAGUUGAUGAAUCAUCUCAAUUUCUUCAAUUUGACUGAGCUCGAGGUUCUUAUCGAUAUUGACAGCGAAGACAGUUUCCCACAGUUGAAGCUGGCUGCGGCAGUCUAUGGUCUCAAUUUCCAAGACUGGACCAUGGCAUACCAAGUCAUGGGAGGUAUUCAUCACUACCCAAUCGAUAGAUAUAGCUCAUAUGGAAAGAGACUUCGAGGUGUCCAUCGGGCUGAGUUUGCUGGUCAGUAG